AUGAAUCACCUUGCAGAUUGUAGGCAAGGUAACCAACUGGCGCCAGCCAAAGCCAAACUCCUGUUCUCGGUGACCAUCGACAUUUCCCUGGUCCUUCCUUUCACUCAGCUUCAUUCCACCAUGCCCAAAGCAUUCCUGCUGCUGUGUGUUGCCCUGGUGCUACUUGGGCUUGUGCAUGGAGCCACGCUGAGAAAUGAAGAGAAAUGGAAGUCACUCAACAACCCCAGAAACCGUGAGCUGUUUUUCAGAACCCUUCAGGCAUAUUUUAAGGGAAGAGGUCUUGAUCUUGGGAGGUUUCCAAAUACUUUCUCCAUGAAUGAGAAUCCCAGACCCUUCUCUUUCCGGGCAGAACUUAUUGCAUCCGCAUUUGCAGAUUACGAAGAACAGAAAAACUCCCUUCUCAAUUACCUCAAAGGCUGAAGUUUCUUCUGAGCGCAGGUGUCUGGCUAUUUUAAAACUAGAGAUGAAGCAUCUCAUUAGAAAAAGUCAACAAUGGUCAUGGCUAAACUUUUGUGUGUGUUU